AUGUUUAAUAAUCAUGAAAUUGACACUGUAUUGAGCACUCUCCGCAUGGAAGCUGACCCUUCUUUGCAUCCUUUAUUCGAACAAUUUGAGAAAUUUUAUGAGGAAAAACUAUGGUUCCAAUUGUCGGAAUGCUUAACCAAGUUCUUUGAUGAUGUUAAAUCCACACCAUUGAGACUAAGACUUUAUGAUAACUUUGUCUCUAAAUUUAAUGAUAAGAUCAAUCAAUUGUCAGUAGUGAAGUUUCUGCUUUCCUCUUUGAAGGACUCUAAAGACUUUGAUGAGUCUUUAAAGUAUUUAGAUGACUUAAAGGAUCAAUUCCAACAACUGGACUCUAAAAAGCAGAGAAAUGAUGGUUCAAAAGAUCAUAAAGAUGGUAUUUUAUUGAUAGAUAUUGAAAUUGCCAGAACUUACCUAUUAAAGAAGGAUCUAGUUAAAGCAAGAGAUCUACUAGACGAUUUGGAGAAGACGUUGGAUAAAAAGGAUUCUAUGCCAUUAAGAAUAACAAACAGCUUUUAUUCUACGAACUCCCAGUAUUUUAAAUUCAAAAAUGACUUUAAUUCCUUCUAUUACACAAGUCUUUUGUAUCUUUCCACAUUAGAACCAUCUACAAGCAUUACCUUAGCUGAACGUCAACAAUUAGCCUACGACUUGAGCAUUUCAGCAUUACUAGGUGACAGAAUCUAUAAUUUUGGUGAACUUUUACAUCAUCCAAUAAUGGACACUAUCGUCGAUGACACCAAUUAUGACUGGCUAUUCCAAUUAUUGAAUGCUCUAACCGUUGGUGACUUCGAUAAAUUUGAUUCAUUGAUUAAGGUUCAAAUAUCCAAAAUUCCUAUAUUGGCACAACAUGAAUCGUUUUUACGACAAAAAAUCUGUCUAAUGACAUUAAUUGAAACAGUUUUUGUCAGAAAUAUUAGAAUGCUUUCAUUCGACAAUAUCUCAGAAGCAACACACUUACCAAAGGAUAAUGUCGAACACUUGGUUAUGAGAGCCAUAAGUUUACGUCUAUUAAAGGGUUCUAUUGAUCAAGUAAAUGAGCUGGUUACCAUCUCUUGGGUCCAACCAAGGAUCAUAAGCGGUGACCAAAUCACAAAGAUGAAAGAUAGGCUGGUUGAAUGGAAUGAUCAGGUAAGAAAACUGGGCGAGAAAAUGGAAGCUCGUGGUCAAUCAAUUUGGGUUUGA